GAGGGAGAGAGGGAGAGGGAGGGAGGGAGUGAAUGGAAGAAGAAAAUGAGAGUGAGGGUUUGGAUUGGUUGAGUUUGCCGGAAGGAUGCAUUGGGAACAUCAUUUCUCUGACGAGCCCACGGGACGCCUGCCGCCUCUCUGUCGUCUCAUCUGCCUUCCGAUCGGCCGCCGAUUCUGACGCCGUCUGGGAGCGAUUUCUGCCGUCCGAUUACCCGGCCAUCAUCUCCCGAUCGUGUUCUCCGUCGUCUCCUUUGGGUGAUAUCUCAUCCAAGAAAGAGCUUUACUUCCGCCUCUGCGAUUCCCCCCUGCUCAUUGACGACGGUACCAAGAGCUUUUCAUUGGAGAGAUGUAGUGGGAAGAAAUGUUACAUGCUAGGUCCAGAGAGUCUCUUUAUUGCAUGGGUUGAUGCGCCUCAAUAUUGGACGUGGAUUUCUCUACCAGAAUCCAGGUUUAGGGAGGUGGCUGAGCUUCGUGCUGUACGUUGGCUUGAAAUCCGCGGCAUGAUGGAUACUGGCAUGCUAUCUAUUGGCACGAACUAUGCUGCAUACCUUGUUUUUAAGUUGGCAGAAGACACAUACGGCUUUGAGCGUCGAUCUGUGGAGGUCUCUGCUGGAGUUGGCAGCCAAACUGAGGUGCGAUCUGUUCUUCUUGAUCCUAAUGGUGGCGGGGAGUGGCGGUUUGAUGAAGGGAACCAAGCAUAUCCGGGAGAGGAGGAAGUCGUGCUUGAUGAAGGGAACCAAGUAUAUCUGGGAGAGGAGGAUGGCGUGCCCCAUGAAGGGAACCAAGCAUAUCCCGGAGAGGAGGAAGGCGUGCCCGAUGAAGUGAACCAAGCAUAUCUGAGUGUGAGGGGAGAUGGGUGGCAGGAGGUUGAGUUGGGCGAGUUUUUUAUCGAUGGAGAUGAUUGUGAGGAGCUGGAGAUGAGUUUGCUGGAGGUGAAGGGUGGUCACUGGAAGCUUGGCCUAAUCAUCGAAGGGAUUGAGAUCAGGCCAAAAAAGGGUCUUAUAAUUAAUUCAGGACCGAGCAAACGACAAACUCAUCGAAGCGAAGACUUAGCAGUGAAUCUUUCUCUCUCCUCUGUCACUAUAAAUACCAGAGAGGAGAGAGAGAGAGAGAGAGAGAGAAUGGAAGGAGAAAAUGAGAGGGAGCGUUUGGAUUGGUCGAGUUUGCCGGAAGGAUGCAUCGCGAACAUCAUUUCUGUGACGAGUCCACGGGACGCCUGCCGCCUCUCUCUGGUCUCAUCCGCCUUUCGAUCGGCCGCCGAUUCUGACUCCGUUUGGGAGCGAUUUCUGCCCUCCGAUUAUCCGGCCAUCCUCUCCCGAUCGUGUUCUCCGUUGUCUCCUUGGGGCGAUUUCUCAUCCAAGAAAGAGUUAUACUUCCGCCUCUGCGAUUCCCCCCUGCUCAUCGACGGCGGUACCAAGAGCUUUUCAUUGGAGAGAUGUAGUGGGAAGAAAUGUUACAUGCUAGCUCCAAGGAGUCUCUCUAUUGCAUGGGGCGAUACGCCUGCAUAUUGGAGGCGGAUUUCUCUACCAGAAUCGAGGUUUAGGGAGGUGGCUGAGCUUCUUUUUGUAUGUUGGCUUGAAAUCCGUGGCAAGAUGGAUACUGGCUUGCUUUCUCCGGCCACGAACUAUGCUGCUUACAUUAUUUUUAAGUUUAAAGAACGCACAUACGGCUUUGGACGUCAACCUGUGGAGGUCUCUGCUGGAGUUGGCAGCCAAAAUGAGGUGAGAUCUGUUGUUCUUGAUCCUAAUGGUGGCAGGUGGCGAUGCAGGCCGGGAGAGGAGGAAGGCGUGCCUGAUGAAGGGAACCAAGCAUAUCUGAGUGUGAGGGGAGAUGGGUGGCGCGAGGUUGAGUUGGGCAAGUUUUUUAUUGAGGGAGACAAUUGCAAGGAGCUGGAGAUGAGUUUGCUGGAGGUGAAGGGUCUCCUCUGGAAGAGUGGCCUCAUCAUCCAAGGGAUUGAGAUUAGGCCGAAAAAGGGUGAAUGAAUGAGUAAAAGGAAGAUUGGCCACAUAAGCGUAAGACUUGGUCAUGGUUUCAUUAAUCCUUAAGCUUGUUGAUUGAACUAUUUAACCUAUUUGCCAUUGCUUUUUUUGCCUCUUUAUUGCUUUCAAUAUGUUUAUAACAGAGGAUAACUGGAUAUGUGAGUUGUGGUAUUAGAACUGCAUUUUGUUAUGCAUCUCAUAUGAGUAAUGGAAAAUAAUAUUUUUGAUUUUGUGAA